AUGACUCAGCGCAGGGGGGGAUGGGGGGUGGUGCAUGUCCCCCACCCCCCUGCUGACGGGCCGUCCCCGCAGGUGACACACACGGUGCACAUGAGCACCCUCGGCCCCUCCAGCUACCGCUUCAAUGCCACCUUCGUGGGGGACCGGCAGCUCAGCCCCACCGAGGCCUUCCCCACGCUGGUGGGGGACAUGGACAACAGCGGCAGCCUCAACGCCCAGGUGCUGCACCUCGUGGCCGAGCGCCUCCGCACCAAAGCCGUCUUCCAGACACACCAGGCCAAGUUCGUGACGUGGCAGUUCGACGGCGAGUACCGGGGGGAUGACUGCACCGCCACCCUCACGCUGGGCAACCCCGACCUCCUCGGCGAGUCCGUGAUCCUGGUGGCCCAUUUUCUCCAGAGCAUCACCUCCCGCCUGGUGCUGGGCGGGGAGAUGGUUUAUCACCGGCGGCCGGGGGAGGAGGGAGCCAUCCUCACGCUGGCAGGCAAAUACACGGCUCAGAAGUGGGUGGCGACGCUGAACGUGGGGUACGGUGGUGCCCACGCCAGCUACUACCACCGGGCCAACGAGCAGGUGCAGGUCGGGGUGGAGCUGGAGGCCAACACACGGUUGCAGGACACCACCUUUGCCUUUGGCUACCAGCUCAACUUGCCACAGGCCAACAUGGUCUUCAGAGGGCUCCUGGACAGUAACUGGAGCGUCGGGGGGGUGCUGGAGAAGAAGCUGCCCCCCCUGCCCGUCACCCUGGCUCUGGGCGCCUUCCUCAACCACUGGAAGAACCGUUUCCACUGCGGCUUCAGCGUCAUCGUGGGCUGAGGGGCCGCGGGGGCCGGUGGCACGUGCCACCGUCCUGCUCAGGGAGCCACCGCGCCGCAGGGGGCACCGGCCAGGACCCCCACUCUCGCACGGCGGUGCCGGGGGAGCCCGCGGAGGGGGGACCCGGUCCCUCGUGGCCAGGGGACACUGUGUGACGGCGCGUGGUGGCCGUUGGCACCUUUGGGCUGAGGAUGGGGGGCUCCGACCCCUCUGGCGCUGGCCCGGGGUGCCCUCCUCGCCCCGGCACUGCGCUUCCCUCCGGGCACACGCAGCCACGGAGCCUGGAAAAAUAAAGGAGCUUUACUUUGCCCUGUAAA